CGGGCCAUCGAGAGUGAUUACAUUAGAGCAUACACCUAAAACUAGCAAUGGCCACCACCAGAUCGUCCGCUGCUGCCCUGUUCCUCGCCACGGUUCUCCUGCUCGCGGUGGCUUCUGCCUUGGCCCAAGCGCCGGCACCGGGACCAUCCAGCAGCCAAUGCCCCCUCGGCCUUGAAAAACCGCUCAGGGCAAUAGGUUCACUGCCGCGUCUUCAGCUCAUUGAGAUCGCUCGUCAACUCUUGAGCCUGAGCGUGCGUGAUGCUGUCCGGUGCGUCUGCUCUAUUGCCGGAGGGUCCACUUCUUCUGCCCUUGGUAUCCUCGGACCUCGGGCGCCUCGGGCUGGAAGGCUGAUUCUUGCGUGGGGAGGUCGACGUGGAGGAGGGGGAGCUCGUCCCUAGCCUAGCCAAGGCUUGGUCAACCAGCUCCUGCCUAGGACGAUGGCGCAGGUUGUGGCUUGUCGCCGGGGCGCCAUACCGGACGGCACCUUGUCGGAGGCGACCGUAAAUGCGGGUACUCUAUAUCCUUGUGAAUGAGGUAGUCCCCGGCCAGAGAGCAGACGACGCGGGAGGUGGAAGGAGGAGAAGCGAGGAGAGAGAGAGAGAAGUGCAGCGGAGUCAUGGCGGGGAGGUGGAGGCACGACAACCCGUUUGAGGAGGGCGAUGGAGACGUCAACCCCUUCUCGCAUUCACGCCCAUCUCCCCUCCCUCAUGAACCAGCUGGUUUCUACAAUGACAUUGGUGCAUCUGUAGAUAUCCCACUUGAUAACAAAAAGGACCUAAAGAAAAAGGAGAGAGAAUUUAUGGCUAAAGAAGCCGAGCUAAACAGGAGGGAACAGGAAAUAAAAAGAAGGGAAGAAGCUCUUGCAAGAGCUGGAGUCUUAAUAGAGCCAAGAAACUGGCCACCGUUCUUACCCAUCAUUCAUGUUGACAUUUCAAAUGAUAUACCUGUGCACUUGCAGCGAGUACAGUAUGUUUCUUUCGCAUCACUCCUAGGGUUGGUCAUAUGCCUCUUCUGGAAUAUUUUAUGUGUUACUGGUGCUUGGAUUACAGGGCAUGAUGCUAGGAUCUGGUUUCUUGCAGUUAUAUACUUCAUUACUGGAUGCCCUGGUGCCUACUUUUUAUGGUACCGACCUCUUUAUCGUGCCAUGAGGAAGGAUAGUGCAUUCAGCUAUGGAUGGUUCUUCCUAUUCUACUUUUUUCACAUUGCCUUCUGCAUAUACGCUGCUGUUUCUCCACCGUUCUAUAUGGGAAGAGCAUUAGCCGGAAUUUUGCAAGCGAUCAGCGAGAUUGGCGAGAACGCUGCUGUUGGGAUAAUGUACUUUAUGGGCUUCGCGAUAUUUGUUCUGGAGGUGCUGCUGAGCAUGUGGGUUUUCCAGAGAGUCUACUGGUUCUUCCGCGGAAAAGGCACGGAGGCGCAGAUGAGGCCUGACGCCGCGUCUCGUGCUCCGCCGUUCUGACUCCCUCUCUCCUAGCAGCAAAAUCCGGAGGGGAGAUAAGAAGCAUGUGUGAAUUCAGUUUGCGUUGGUGUGGUCGAGGGGACACCGAUUUACAGUUGGUGAUGGCAGCAGUUGAAGGGUGACUUGUCGAUUAUUAAUGGCACCAGGUGCACAGCCUUAGUGACAUUUUGCCUUUGUGUGAGGUUCCUUUCUUCCCUGAAGCUGAAAUCCCCGAAAGGCGAAACAGAAAAAGAAAAGACGGCCCAGCGUCUGGCCGGGACCAGGUGCUUGCCAUUAGCCCUUUCGUCAAAGCAUGAUCCAGUACUAGUUGUGCCCCUCUUUUUUUUUGUGAUUAUAAACACACAUACCUUCUUCGUGACGAACGCUGUAAUUUAUGAAAUUUAAAAAUUGUAAAAAUGUGUGAUCCGAAA